GUGUAUAGCCUCUAUUUAGCGGCUAUUACUUUCGAGGCUGGAUUCUUAUCUCUCGCGACAGCAAGACAAACAUGACGCCGCUUCUGUUCUUUCUGUUUACAGUUUCAGGCGUUUUGGGCGAUUUGAAAUUGGCGUCGUACUAUGGAGACCACAUGAUGUUACAACGAGGGCCACAGAGGGCGGUAAUGUGGGGCAAAGCUACAGUAAUAGGAGACGAGGUAACAGUUGCAGUCAGUGGUGCUGCAGCAGUGAAGACAACUGUCGUCAAUGACCCAUCCGGAACAGAGGGACUCUGGAAGGUUAAGCUUCCGGCCAUCACAGAUCCGGGUCCUGUCACGGUCAAAAUAACAUCUAGCGAAGGGGAGAUCACUCUCAGUGAUGUUUUGUUUGGUGAUGUAUGGGUGUGCGCUGGCCAAAGCAAUAUGGGAUUUGCACUAAGCCGGGUCAUGAACUCAUCAGCAGAAAUUACUGAAGCCUUGAAGUUCAAGAAUAUCAGGAUUUUUAAAACUGGCCAGGUUGAAUCUCCCUCCCCACUUGAAGACCUGAAAAAUGUUUCAACCCCAUGGACUGCACCCACACAAGACACUGUGUCGGCUUUUUCUGCCGUUUGCUGGUUGUUCGGCGAGUACCUCUACCCACAUAGGAACUACCCCAUAGGCCUCGUCGAGUCGGCAUGGGGAGGGACUCCCAUUGAGCCUUGGUCCUCGCCUGAUGCACUGGCAAAAUGUCCUCAACCUCAAGUGAGCGGGCCUAAGAAUAAAAGCGUGGUGUGGAAUGCCAUGAUCAACCCCCUGUUAGACAUGACAAUAUACGGAACACUCUGGUACCAAGGUGAGGGCGGCAUGCCUAAUUUCUAUGGAUGCCAGUUCUCAGCACUGAUCCAAGACUGGAGACAAAAGUUUAGAGCUGGUUCAGAGGGAGAAACGGACGCUGCAUUUCCAUUUGGAUUUGCCCAGUUGGCUCCUAAUAUGAAGUCAGAUGAUAUUGGUGUCUUUCCGGGAAUUCGAUGGUCCCAGACUGCUGGCUUUGGAUUUGUUCCCAAUCAAAAGAUGCCACAAACGUUUAUGGCUGUAGCUAUGGAUCUCCCAGACUACAAUUCCCCAUAUAAACCAAUCCAUCCUCGAUACAAGCAGGAUGUCGCCCACCGCCUGGUGCUUGGAGCUCGGGCUAUUGGUUACAAAGAGCCUAAUGUGAUAUUUCGUGGUCCCUUCCCCAAGACGUUCAGUCUUGACAACGAUCAACACACUCUGAAGAUUACCUACGGUCAAAACAACCCUCUCGAUGUUCGUAACAACCAUGGUUUUGAGGUGUGCUGUUCCAGUCAGAGUACAACGAAAUGCACUGACACAGAUGAGUGGGUAGCUGCUCCAAUCACUGACCAAGACACACACUCUGUAUCGGUAUCAGUGGCUGGCUGUGUGAGCAAGUCCCCAGUUGGUCUACGUUACGAAUGGCGCAAAAGUCCAUGUGACCUCAAACAAUGUGCCAUCUACGGGAAAGACACAGACUUGCCAGCCCCGCCAUAUAUCAGAGAAAACGGUUUUAACUGAUAUAGGAUGAGUGUACUGUUUACACUGGUGUUCUCAUGUGAGAAGCAGUAUCACCUUCUUAAUAAAGCUUCAGAUUGUU